AUUGUAUGAAGCGAAUUUGUCACGUGUCGCUGAUUCGAUCAUUCAACCAUCUCCUACAGCUCGCGACCUCACCAGAACCAUCAACUCCCUCAGCGUUCUAUCUCUGGAAAAACAUUUUUCAUCCUAUUUAUAAUAGAGCUUAUUAACAUUAAUUAAUUCUCGCGCUACGUUCAGAACCUCAGAUUGUUUUCAGGUGCCCACGAUUAUUCACCAGCGGGGAACUUAUCGCAGCUCUAUCAACAUGGCAACCGCAACAAUGAGGCCUGUGGACCCUGCGCGUCGAUGGAAGAGUCUUUACAAAGUCCUGAAUAAGCCGGGCCCUUCCAGUGAUGAAGAUUGGGUCCCUGGUCCAGAGACGAUAGAUGCUUUGGAAUCAUCAAAAGUCUUGGUUAUUGGCGCCGGAGGUCUAGGAUGUGAUAUUCUGAAGAACCUUGCGUUGUCCGGAUUCAAAGAUAUCCAUGUUAUUGACAUGGACACAAUCGAUAUCUCCAACUUGAACCGACAGUUCUUAUUCCGCCAAUCUGACAUAGGAAAGCCUAAAGCUGAGGUUGCUGCAGCAUUCGUCGAGAAGCGAGUGAAGGGAGUUAAGAUCACCCCAUACGUAGGUAAGAUCCAGGAUAAAGAUGAAGACUACUACAUGCAGUUUAAAAUUAUCGUUUGCGGUCUCGACAGCAUCGAGGCCAGACGGUGGAUUAACUCAACACUCAUUGGGAUGCUUGAUCCCGAGAACCCUGAGAGCUUGAAGCCGCUUAUUGAUGGCGGUACAGAGGGAUUCAAGGGCCAAGCCCGUGUUAUUCUGCCCACCCUUUCAUCCUGCAUUGAAUGCCAACUUGACAUGCACGCUCCUCGCCCCGCUGUUCCCCUCUGCACUAUUGCAACCAUUCCCCGCCAGCCACAACACUGUAUCGAAUGGGCACACCAGAUCGCCUGGCAAGAACGGCGCAAAGACGACACUUUCGAUAGCGAUGACAUGGAGCACAUCGGCUGGGUUUACGAGAACGCCCUUGAACGAGCGAAACAGUUUCACAUCCAUGGAGUGACAUUCCAGAUGACACAAGGCGUGGUGAAGAACAUCAUCCCCGCUAUUGCUUCAACCAACGCCGUUAUCGCAGCCUCUACUACUUCUGAAGCAUUGAAGAUCGCCACAUCGUGCAACCCGUAUCUGGAGAAUUACAUGAUGUAUGCUGGAGAAGAGGGUGUCUACACCUAUACAUUUGAAGCAGAGAAGAAGCCCGACUGUCCCGUGUGCGGAAACCUUGCGCGCAAGAUGACCGUAGAUUCGAAUAUGACGCUGGAGGCCUUCAUUGAGAGCCUCGGGGAGCGGGCCGAAGCGCAGCUUAAGAAGCCUAGUAUGCGGACGGAAGAGAAGACACUCUACCAGCGGUUCCCGCCUCAGUUAGAGGAACAAACGAGACCUCACUUGAAGCUCAAGAUCAAGGAUCUGGUGACGAAUGGACAAGAGAUUGCGGUCAGUGAUCCUGCGUAUCUGAUUGACUUUCGGUACCAGUUGAUUUUUCAAUAAGAGUACCGCACCGCACCGCGGAUAAGAGGAUGGCUAUUCGUUGAGAUGAGACAUAAUAUAUACGAUAAUUCGCCUUAGCAGCUAGAAAACCAUGUCUAAGAAUUAAAGCUGUAUUCUUCGAAAUCUGACCAGAUUUCUCUAUCCAGAUUAGACCCCACCGUCCCUUGAAAAAGGAAAACUUUUGACAGACA